CAAGGAAAGGGGAAAUGCAGGGGAAGGAUUUUUGGGUUCUACCUGUUGCAGAGAGAUCGCUCCACACAGCAGCGGCAGCAGCAGAGAUUUCAAAUUCCCUAUUAUCCCGACUCCGAUUUUCCAAUUUUCCCUUUUCACCGUACCUAUUUCCCUUGCUUUUGCACAUGGGUCUUAGUCUCACACUCUAACGCGCCGUUAUGUGCUGGCUCUCCCCGUCUCCCUCUGCCGCCUAUUUCUUGGGAAUGGAAUCAAAGAACCGAAGGAAGGAGCAAGAACUAAGAAAAAAAAGGCGCCCUGCAACAACAAAACACUAACUAACUCGCUCGCUCCCGCAUCAGCUGUGCGCGCUCUCCCGCUCGCGCUCUCGCGAUCCUCGGCCGGGGUGCAGUUAUAAAAACCAGCUGCUCGGAGAGGAGCAGCACAUUCGUUCACCGUUCGUCGUCGAGUCAACAGCUCUCCUUGUUCUGCCUUUCGGUUCCUCGUUCGGUGGCUUGAGAUUGUGCGGUUAAAAUUGUUAACAGAAACCCUCGCACAACCACACACCAAAAAAACAUGCUCAAACGGACACAUUAACAAAACACCAACUAAAUCAACUACAAUGCAAUACUAGCCAAAAACCAAGGACUACCAUCCAAAAUUCUCAUCAAACCAACAACUGUAAAUGAGUGAAGAGUGACCAAGAAUAAAUUGUGUUUUAGCAAUUUUUCGGCUACCACAAAAAAAAACAACUCGCUGCGAAAUCAAAAUCUUCAGUUUUUCGAAACGCCCAACACAACACACACAAAAACCAACAAAAUGCUGUGGGAAACAAUCGUGGAGGAAACCAACUGCAGCAUGGAUUGCAAUAUCAGUAACACCAGCAACUCCAGUAAUAUCAACAAAAUGAGUGGAUCUCGUCGUGCUCGCCGUUCCCUGGAACUGAUGAGCAUGGACCAGGAGGAGCUGUCGUUCUACGACGACGACUCUGCGCCCCAGGAUCAGCAGCGAUCGGCCAGUCCGGAACUGAUGGGUCUGCUCUCGCCGGAGGGUUCGCCCCAGCGCUUCCAGAUCGUCCGCCAGCCCAAGAACCUGCCCGCAGUGGGCGGUUCCAGCGAAGUCUCAACCCACACACCGGCUCGCAGCUUCCGCAUCUUCAACAGCCUGUCCUCCACCUGCUCCAUGGAAUCGUCGAUGGACGAUGAGUACCUGGAGCUGUUCGAAAUGGAGUCGCAGAGCCAACAGACCGCCCUGGGCUUUCCCAGCGGACUGAACUCGCUGAUCAGUGGCCAGAUCAAGGAGCAGCCGGCGGCCAAAUCGCCAGCUGGCCUAUCCAUGCGCCGCCCGUCGGUGAGGCGAUGCCUCAGCAUGACGGAGAGCAACACCAGCAGCAGCAGCGCCACCCCACCACCAAAGACCCCAGAGACUGUCCGGGAUUGCUUCAAGCGCCCAGAACCCCCAGCAUCGGCCAGCUGCUCGCCCAUUCAGAGCAAACGUCACCGUUGCGCCGCCGUUGAGAAGGAGAACUGCCCUGCACCCGUGACGACGACCAGCAGCACCAGCCACCCGCCUCCGCUGAGGAAGUGCAUGUCGCUGAACGAUGCCGAGAUCAUGUCCGCCCUGGCCCGCUCCGAGAACCGCAACGAGCCCGAGUUGAUCGGGGACUUCAGCAAGGCCUAUGCCCUGCCCCUGAUGGAGGGACGUCAUCGGGAUCUGAAGAGCAUCUCCAGCGAGACAGUGGCUCGCCUGCUGCAGGGCGAAUUCAGCGAUGAGGUGGCCAGCUACCGGAUCAUCGACUGCCGCUACCCGUACGAAUUCGAGGGCGGCCACAUCGAGGGAGCCAAGAAUCUGUACACCACCGAGCAGAUCCUCGAGGAGUUCCUCACCGUCCAACAGACUGAGCUGCAGCAGCAGCAGAACGCCGAAUCGGGACCCAAGCGCAACAUUAUCAUCUUCCACUGCGAGUUCUCCUCGGAGCGUGGACCCAAAAUGUCCCGCUUCCUGAGGAACUUGGAUCGCGAGCGGAACACCAAUGCCUAUCCGGCGCUGCACUAUCCCGAGAUCUAUCUGCUGCACAACGGCUACAAGGAGUUCUUCGAGUCGCAUGUGGAGCACUGCGAGCCACAUGCCUACCGCACCAUGUUGGACCCCGCCUACAACGAGGCCUACCGCCACUUCCGUGCCAAGUCCAAGUCCUGGAAUGGCGAUGGUCUGGGCGGAGCCACCGGGCGACUCAAGAAGUCGCGCUCCCGACUGAUGCUGUAGGAUGAUCGUUAUCUUAAUUUGGGUGUUAUCGUAUUGUAUAUAUAUGUAGACGUAUAGGGGUAUUUAUUUCACGCUGCUUUUAAGUUGAUUUUUGUUGAUUUUCAUUUGUUAAUCCGUAGACACUAAGUUUCUCGCAGACACACCCACUCGCUCUCUCAUUCAUACAAAACAGACAAUUUCAUUUUCAUUUGGAAUUCAACGCUUUUGUUUAGUUAUUAUUGUUUUUAUGGAUUCGGCUUUAGUUCAAUUAUUUAAGCACUCUAGUUCAAAUUUUAAAGAUAACCAAUCGAACAAGCAAACAAAAAAUGUGCAUUAUAAUCUAAAACACGUGAGGAACACUGUCAUUUAAAUUUAAGAGGCCGAUCCCCAAAUCAGACCCCUUAUUCAUUUGUAGAUGAUAAGCAGAACAAAAUGGCUAAAAACAAAACAAAAAAAAACACAAAAAUAUCAUAAAAAACACGCUCAUCGAUUACAUCCACAUCCAUCUAAAUGUUUAAGAACGAUUAUUUAAGAGUUGAAAGUUGAAAACUUCUGCUAGGUACAAUUUACGCUUAUUAUUUGUUUAUUUUUAUGUAAUCUGUAACCGAACAACCCCCGAAACGCAAAUGCAUACAAGAAAAACAAAUAUUUUACCAUGUAAUGAUUAUUAUUUAAGCAAAGCUUAUUUUUGCAUCAAAAAAGGCAAUAUUAUUGAACAAAGACCAUCAAUUUUAAAUAUACUUAAUACACGACUAAAAAAGAACUGAAA